CAUUUCAUAGUAAAUCAUAUGACUGCUUUAAUAUUCCUGAUAAUAUUGAAGAUUUUAACAAUCCAAGUAAUAAAAAUUAUGCUGGUACAUCCAAAGCAAGUAGUAUUUUAAAAGGCAUGAGUAAAAGAUUAUCUAAAGUAUUUAAUAAAUUACAAAAAAAAUCAAAUAAUGGUAAUCAAAUUAAUUACGGAAAAGAAAUAGUUGAACAACAACAAAUUAAGCAAUAUAAUCUCAACAUUAAUGAUGAAGAUGAAACUUAUGAUGAUAAAAACUUUCAUUCAGAAGAAGAUGAUGUAUUUGAAAUUCCAGAUGAUGGAUUUUAAAUUCUUUAAUUUCUGACGUACGGAAUAUAUUUUAUUACUUUUUUUUUGCUUUUUAUUUAGAAUUAUUUAAACACUAAGUAUAGAGUAGGUAAA